AUUAAGAAAGUAUCGGGCCAAAGUUAUAAUUAAGCAAAACAAAUUCUACGAAAUAAACAGAAGCCCUAUUUGUCUCUCCUCACUAUCGAUUAACCAUUCCGCAGACACGCAAGCCCUAGCUUGCUACCGUUUACAUUCCACUCACACCGACCGUCGACUCCAACCCGCCGUCGUCCAACGCCGCUUUUGUCAUCGUCACUUCACCUCCUCAGCCUCUUUUUCCCGGAGGGAGAGAUUUUGGAGUGAUGAGGAUCAGGAAGAAGCAAAAGGAUGUUGUUGCAGAGGUUGUUGAUGCUGGUCAAGAUUUGGAGUCUGUGAUUCAUGAGCACGCUAAUUUUUUUGACAAAUUGAUUGAGCUCAUUCCGGCUAAGUUUUAUCUACCAACUGAUGGUGAUGAGAAGCCAUGGUUUCAGGGUCUCAAUAAGAAGAAGAAAGCGCAGGCUAAGAAAAAAACUAAAGAAAACAUUAAGAAGUCUCGGAGGCAACGUUUGGAUCCUGAUAAGCCUUCUGCGAGCACUCUUGAACUUCUCAAGCAAAGUUUAGGGAAGCAAAGUUUGGGAAAAGAAAAGGUGAAUGAUGGUAAUAAGGAUAAGGAUGUGGUUAAGCCUUUUGUUUCGGGGAUGGAAGGAGAUGAUCGGUCUGUGACAUAUGAAGAGCUUCGCCAAAGGCUUCAUCGCAAGCUUGAAGGGUUUCAGUCAAGUCGUAACUGUGCUGAUCCAGAAAAGGCUGCCAAGAAGAGGGAAGAGAGAGAUGCUAGGCGAGGAUAUCAUUAUGAUGGGAAGAAACGUAAGAGGGAUGAUGAGACUGAGGAAAGUAAGCCUGUGGUUGAUGAGACAGAAGAGAAGGUGAAGAAGGAUGCUGCAGAGGCUUCAAAGGAGCUUGUGUUUGGCAAGGUUAAACUUCAGGAUGACGAAAUGCUGGUGGCGAAGAAGAGAAGAGUUUCAAAGCACAAGGAACUUGAAAGGGCUAAAAAGUUGGAGGAAGUGAAGAAGAAUGAUCCUGAGAAGGGUGAAGCAAUUGCUAAAAAGGAAUCAUGGAAAACAGCGAUGAAUAGAGCUUCAGGAGUUAAGGUCCACGAUGAUCCCAAGCUGAUAAAAAAGAGCAUACAGAAGGGGAAGAAGAAACACGAGAAAAAUGCAGGGAAAUGGGAAGAAAGAGUUCAAUCAAGGGAUCAGUUGAAGGCAGAGAAACAACAGAAAAGGUCGGCUAAUAUAGCUGAGAGGAUUAAUGAUAAGAAAAAGAGGAAGAUUGCUAAGAGAGAGAAAAAGCUAUUACGGCCUGGCUUUGAAGGUCGCAGGGAAGGUUUUAUUAAUGAUGCUUCCGGCUAACACUGCUGCGAAAAUUAUUGAUUUGUGCCUCUUUGCAAUGUUAUCAGAGGCAACCAAACAUCUAUCAACUUCAAUGUGGGUUGAUUUGUUGUGGCUCAUCUGUGCAUUGUUAUCCUAGGCAACCAAACAUCCAUGGGGUUUUAGAAGAUUUCUUUACAUUGAAAAAUUGUUGUUUAGUGUUAUUAACCCCCAUGGUAUAUUUUGGGAAUUAUGCAUCCUUUUUUGACUUUUCGUUAUCACUGGAAUGCAAGAAUUUUGUUGAAUGAUAGUUAAUCACAUGUUUGUUUACA